AUGAACAACAAUAACCAAAUUGUAAACAAUAUUCCUAAUACUACUGACGAACCAGUAAUUACUAAUAGUGAGGCCCCUAAUCGCAAAUUUUUUAUCCAAACUUUAGAAACUCAUUUAGCGCCGGAUGAAGUUAAGAAGAUAUUGGCUGAUCUGGAUAAAAAUAAAGAUACUUUUAAUCACCAAACUUCCGGCGAGGUUAACCAAAAAUUAGUUGAAUUAGAAAACAAAAACCAGUUAACUGAACAAGAAAUUAAGGAAAUAGGAGCAAAAUUACAGGAGUGA